AGGCAUAUCGCCCAUCUCUAGCGAUAUAUCCCGGUCGAAUCUUGUCAAAAAGUGUGUACUGUAGUGUCAGAAGAUUCUCUGAGAGUUCAUGAGUUGCAACCGACGAAUUGUGAUUUUUUGUACUAAUUAUUUAGCAACAAAGACUAUACUUUAUAAAUAAACAAAAUGGAGGAGCGUAUGGGGAGGAUAAAGGGACAAUUAUGCAGUAAAUUUUACCACAUGAACGACACAUGGCUCAACGAUUGUCUGGAUUACUACCUGACGGAGAAUCCAAAUGCAACUGAUGAUGAGACACUGACCUUCGUCACAGCCCAAUGGCAGCUGAGCGAUCUACGUGAGAUCAGCAACGAGAAGGGAUGUUUACCAAACAAUCUUGCUCAACAAAAAUCCACAAUGUUGACAGGAAAAUACAUUCUCCAGGUGGAAAAAGGCUACGACAUAUCAACCCCAAAAUACAAGCAACUAGAAGCAAUGCGAAAGGUGUCGAACGAAAAUAUAUCAGUGACAGAUGCAGAGCAGACACAGGCCUGGGAAGUAAAGAGCAAAAGAAUGAUGCAGUUGUUUCUGACUGAUGGCAUUCAGGACGUGUCAGCGAUCGAGUACCAGCCGAUCAGAUUCCUGAAGGACAUCAUCCUCCCAGGCUUCAAAAUCAUGAUAAAAGGACCUGUUGCCUGCAGGAGAGGAGUCAUUCUGCUGGAUGAGUCGAGUAUAAUGGAGGUCGGGGGUGAAGUUGAGCAUUUAUUGAUCUCCAAUGCUACGGAAAACAUUUUCGCACGGGCCUUGAACAUGCCGGAGAAUCCAGACCCCUACAACGACACAAAACAGCAGUCAGACGAGGCAGCAGCCCUGUUCGACGAAGAUUUCGACGUAGACUUUGACGAAAUAACCCAAUUGGAAUCAGAAAUCCCCAGGAAUCGAGUGCCCCGACCCAAUCCCAAGCCCCCAAGACCCCAAAAAUCCAAUUCCUCCCUAAACCCCACCAAAAACCUGAUGAUACCAGUGGACAGGCCUAAACCUGCAGCUCUCCCCGUCUGUUUCCAAGCAGAGCCAGAAGCAGGAAUGGAGGACAUGGACUUCCCCGACGACGAUCUCCUCUUCGACCUGAUCGACGAGAACGAUCUCGAGAGCAUCUCAAGACAAUCAAAAGAUCGUCAGCAUGAGAGUGCCAGUCGUAAUCCCGUGAAAUCGCCAGUUCAUACAGUUCCAAAAUCAAAAAAUGAUGAUUUAAUCAUCAUUUCUGAUGAAGAAUCAGAUCAAGUAAAGCCAUCACCAUCAAAAAAUCCUCCAUCAAACGCCAGAAAGUCAAAACAAAAUGAACAGACUGAUGAAAAUCUAGAGGAUUUUGGAAACCUAGACUGGGACGAUUUCGAACUAGAAGCUGAGGCCCUAAAAACAAUUCAAUCCCCAACAAUAGCGACUAAAAAUCAUCCUGAGGUGGUGAAACCAGUGAAUGCGAACUCUCUUUCAGCAUUUUUCAGAACAUGUGGGACGUCUGGUGUCGACAAAACCGUGAAACCUUUAGAAGUGACGAAAACAAGUGCUCAGAGACCCCCAGGGGGAUCGAGAUCCCCUUCAACUUCGAAGGUGACAUCAGCAGCUCAGAAGAGGCUCUCGGACUCGCUUCCAUCAGGAUCAAAACUCCUCUGCAGUAAAAACAGCGCAAAGCCCAGUCAGAACGCAAGAGGAAUUAUGGAUUUCUUCAGAAAGACUGAGCAGCCAAAGCCAAAGACUGUCGAACGUCCCAAGAUAUGUGACUUCAUCUGCGAAGUAAAACGAUUAUCCCUGACUGAAGGGGUGGUUCGUAAGAAGAUCUGGGGAAGGACGAAGUACCUUGGGAAAUUGGGGAAGGGCGAUGGGAGCUGGAUGCUUGAGGGAACGUUGACUGAUGGCACUGACAGCCUGGAUGUUGAGUUUUCUUCUCGUGUUUUGGAGAAGGAACUUGGUUUUACUGUUGCUGAAUUCGCUGUGCAGAAGAAGCAGAAGAAGAAUAAUCCUGAGAUGGAGCAGAAAUUGAGACAGACAUUUAGAACUGCAGACGCAAGACUAAAAAAUCUGGACGCCCUCGUCGAAAUUGAACUCUCCCUAGACAACAAAAAGCCAAAAGUCAUGUCAAUCACAGACUUGAGUGAUGCAGAAAAAAAAACGAUAAGUGAGUGUAAAAAACGUCUCGGAUACUCGUGAAUCUGACUCGUAUGUGAUGUGAAUGCACUCAUUGUGUUAAACACGAAGAAAUCUCUCCCCUUCAGUUCACUGAUCUCCACCGUAAGCUCCAAUUUAUUAUUGAAAUAAAGAGAACCCCAUGUGUUCAGCGUUGAUCGUUA